AUGAACGUUUAAUCAACCCACUAAUCCACAUUACAGGAUUUCUAAGUCAUUCAAGAAUUGGGAUCUGGUUCUUUUAGCAACGUUUACAGAGUCAAAAGGAUUGUAGAUGGAUAAGAAUAUGCUUUAAAAAAAGUUAAAAUAGCUAACUUGAAGUAAAAGGAGAAGCAGAAUGCAUUAAAUGAAGUCAGGUUCCUGUAUUCUAUAAAUCACAAACAUAUCGUUGCAUAUAAAGAAGCCUUUAUUGAUGAACCCUCACAAUGUCUUUGCAUAGUUAUGGAACUAUUGUCUGGGGGAGAUGUCUAUAAAAAGAUCUCUCAAGCCAGAGGUUCCACUCCUUUUUCAGAAAUGGACAUCUGGAGAGCACUCAUUCAUAUCACUUUAGGAUUAAAGGCACUUCAUGAUUAAAAAGUAGUUCAUAGAGAUCUUAAAUCCGCUAAUGUUUUUUUAUCAAGUGAUGGAACUUUCAAGCUUGGAGACUUGAAUGUAUCCAAAGUGGCCAAAGGAGGCUUUGUAUAUACAUAAACUGGUACUCCAUAUUACGCAAGUCCUGAAGUAUGGAGAGAUUAACCAUAUGAUAUGAAAAGUGAUAUUUGGUAUUUGUUCUUUAUAUUUUUAAGGUCACUUGGAUGUGUAAUAUAUGAAAUGUGUUGUCUAUAGACUCCAUUUAGAGCAAAAGAUAUGGACUUGCUAUUUCAAAAAGUUUAAAGAGGAACUUAUGAUAAAAUUCAAAGUCACUUUUCAAAGGAUUUGUCUCAAAUUAUCUCCAGUUUACUGUAAAUAUAACCCAAUUAACGACCUACUUGUGAUUAGAUACUUGCUAAUCCAAUUGUUUAAAAACACAUGAAAAAUAUAGAAACUAACAUAGAAACAAAACCAAUCAAUAAAACUCUUUUGGAAACCAUUCAAUUUCCAAAUAACUUUAAAUAAUUGAAAAAUCAAUUACCUAAGUCCAAUUACGAUGAGGUCAAUCCCAAUGUAAGCGCAGAUAGAGUCUAAGAUAAUAAAUCCACUGAUAAGUCUACAAGUCCAUUCAGAUAUUCCUAAUAAUAAUAAUAAUAAUAAUAAUAAUAAUAAAUCCCGAUCACUGAAUCUAGAGUCAGUCAAAGCUAAGUAAAUGCGAUAUAGGCACACCAAUAAUCCCCUUUGUAAGUUAAGAAUAGUUCCAUUAUGGAUAAAAAUCAAAGUGUGGUUCAAUAACCUUAAUAAUAUCUUAGACAAUCCUCAUUAAAUACUAAAACUGAAAAGCCUCAAUCAGCAUAAAUUAAUUAAAGAUAAAAUCCAUACGAGAGAGCACAUGAAUUGAGAGAACAAAAAGAAAGAGAAAGAGAAAGAGAGAUCAAACAACAAAGAGAAAAAGAUUAGCUCUUAAGAGAAAAGAGAGAAAGAGAUGCCAGAGAUGCUAAACUUGCUAAGGAAGCUAAGGAAAAAUAACAAUAAGAAGCCAAACUUCGUGAAAGCAGAGAUCAAUAAAGACUUUUGAUGGAGAAAUAAUAGAGAGAAUAGCAAGAACAAUAGUAAUUUAGAAGGGUUUCUCCAAUUUCUGCUUAACCUCGAGAUUACUCUUAUGCAAACUACAUUAAUCAACAAUAACCCAGAAGUCAACAUUCCUAUUCUCCCAUCACCAGAUCAAUGGAUUAAUAAAACAUUUAACAGGGACAAAAUGGCCAAAGAAUUAAUUAUGGCAAUCAGAUUUAACAAAGACCAAUUAUAAGUUAAUCGAUCAAUGUUAAUCAAAAUUACCCCAGUCAAUAAAAUAGAAUUUAUAAUUAAGAGACGUCACAACAUAGGCCUUCAUAGACUCCACAAUCCGCAGCUCCUCGACAAUAAUACAGUCCUUAUUAAAAACCUAUUACUGACAGAUAUGCUGCUCAUCCACAAUCAGCUCUGCCAUCCUCAAAUGUUAGAGAAGUCCAGAAAACCGAAAGGCCUUAGGUGUUUCCAAUUUAAGCUAAGGUCAUUAAAUAACGAUAAUCUGAUCAAAAUUAGAAAAACGAUUUUUCAUCUCCCAACUAAUAGGCUAUCAGACCUGCUGGCAAACCCUCUAGACCUUAAUCCAACAAUAUUUUUGCAUAAAAUGACAGAAUCAUUAAGACUGAUUCUAGAGCAUAGAAUAACUUCAUUACGGGAAAUUACAAUCAUUAUUAUCCUAUUGAUAAUUACUAAAGACAUGCUUCGGAUCAAAAUUUAAUCAAAUAUUAGUAAAUAUUAAUAUUACUGCGUCCACAGAUUAACAAUAGGAAAUACUGA